AUGAUUUCAUCGCAAAUGCUCACAGAAUUACUCUGUUUUCUGGAGGCGCUCCACGAGUUUUUAUUUUCUGAAUAACUCUGUUUUCAGCCUUGGGUCCUCCAUCUAUCUUUUCCUCUCUCCAUUCUUCUCGCUUUCGUUCAAUGCGGCGGAAAGAAGAAGCGAAAGAAAGCGGACAGCGACGCGGAAGAUUCGGACGAGGAAGAGGAAGAAUCGGACGAAUCGGAGAAGAAAAGACGGAAGCGAAGAGAGAAGAAGAAGCGAUCCGCGAAGAAGAAGAAAGCGGCGGCGGCCGCAGCGGCAGCAGCAGCCAAGAACGGACAGGCUCCGAAGCCUCCAAAGAACAUGGCCGCCGUGGCCGGAACGCAAGAUCCGAACUACCAGACUCUCGCCGGGUUGAACAAUGACGCCGUGUUCGGACCAGGCGGGACGGGAGCAUUUCCAGGUGAGAUCCCUCUUUUCCAGCAAACGUGAUUCCGUUAAAUUACAGCUGGACCAAAGGCGCCGCCGGCAGGAACAAACCCCGGAAUGGUCGGAACGCAAGAUCCGAACUAUCAGACACUCGCCGGACUGAACAAUGACGCCGUUUUCGGAGCUGGCGGAGCAGGUGGAGCAGCUCCCCCGAAACCACCGGCAAUGGGGGGCAAAGCGGGCACGAAUGACCCCAAUUAUCAGGUUUGGAAGCAAAUGAAGAAGGAAUAGAUUAGGAGUAUUCAGACACUGGCCGGACUCAACAAUGCGGACAUUUUCAAAGAGAAAGGGAACGAAGGAGCGGGGGCCCCUCCGAAACCGCCAGCGCAGGGAGGAAAGGCGGGAACGAACGAUCCGAACUACCAGACAUUGGCAGGAUUGAACAAUGCGGACAUCUUCAAGGAGAAGGGCGCCGCCGGCGGAGGAGCAGGAGGACCGAGAGCCCCGACGAAUGUGGGGGCGAAGGCGGGCACUCUCGAUCCGAACUAUCAGACUCUCGCCGGACUCAACCAGGACAUUUUCGGAGCCGAUAAGAAGAAGAAAUAA